AUGGCUCAAGAAGACUCUUUUUCUUCUUCUCUUUCUAUUUCUCAAGUUGUGACUCUGAAACUGUCAGAGUCCAACUAUCUCUUAUCGAAGACUCAAUUUGAGUCCUUUCUCUCACCACAAAUGUUACUUGGUUACGUCAAUGGUUCGAUAACGUGUCCUUCUGCUACUCGACCCGUAACUACUCGUCCUGUAAAUGCUGUUGAAGGUCCUUCUGAAGAGCCUAACCCAGACUUUGUGAAGUGGAUUCGUAAUGAUCAACUGGUCAUGGCCUGGAUCUUCGGCUCACUAACGGAACCAGCUCUGAGAGCGGUGUACGGUAUGCAAUCUGCACAUGAGGUAUGGAAUGCUCUAGCUAAAAAGUUCAAUAGGGUGUCUACCACUAGAAAGUUUGAGUUGCAGAAUCGUUUGCGGGGUUGUCUUAAGAUAGGAAGAACAAUGGAAGAGUAUCUUAGUGAACUGAAACAGAUCUAUGAUCAGCUUGAUUCUAUUGGAUUUCCUAUGACUGAUUUAGAAAAGAUUCAUGGUUUACUGACUGGUCUUGGUAAGGAGUAUGAAUCGGUCACCACUGUUAUUGAACAUUCUAUGGAUUCAGUUCCUGGUCCCUGUUAUGAAGAUGUUGUGUUUAAAGUCAUCUCUUUUGAUGAUAAGCUGAAAACGUACAACACUGCUCCUGCUGUUUCGCCUCAUUUAGCCUUUCAAACUGAGAAAGGUUACUUUGAUAGAGGCGGCUCAAACACCAGAGGAGGUCGUUCAGGAUCUGGUGGUGGCUACAGAGGCAGGGGAAACUAUUCUACAUGA